GAAACAAUAGCUAGACUAGGACACAUUUUUCUACUUCAAAAGAAAUUGAAGUAAUGAAACUUUUUACUUCCAUACAUUGAUGUAAUCAAUUCAUUGCAAUAGAAAUUGUUUGCUCAACUCUAAUGGUUUGGUAAUCAGAAAGAACUACAAUCUAGUCCUCUUAAGUGGCAUACCUCAUUCAAUUGGUAAAAAUGAUAAUUACACUUUAUGAACUCUUCAUAAGAAAUAGUAUCUGUACUUUUGAAUAUGAAAUUCGAAUUUGUAGCAAUAAUAAGGUGUUGACUGACUAAUAAUUUGAUGGAGAUUCGCAUAACAUGGACAGAGAUAGCCAGUAAAGAAUAUAUAGUAUUCUCUACUAUUUGGAAACAUGUAGAAAAAAUCUAUUGAAAUGGGUUGGUUUAUUUUAAUCAGGAAAGUUGUUCCUACAUAAUGACUUAGCUUGAGGGACUACGCAAAUGGUCAGAUGGUAGUAAAUUUUACCUGUUAUUAUCAUUCUGAUCAAACUCAUAAAAUCCUGCUGUUGACAAUGACUCAAUGUUAGCAUAUUGAUUUCUAAAAAUCUUCAGUUCUCUAUCUUGUCCUGAAAAACAAGGGACUGCUAAUAUUGAAGUGCAAUGACUAAGAUCAUAUAUACUUGACAAUGAGUUGAGUAGCAAAACCAUGUGCUAUUGUCAAUCAACAUUACUACAAAUGCCUCUCCACCAGUUGAAUCUUCUAUAUGAUUGAUUUGUUUUCUCUUAUAGUUUUUAUAUAAGUGGACAUGAGAGUUUGCAUUAAUAUUAUGACAAUGAGUUGGAAGGCAAAACCAUGUGAUACUUCAGGUGCUACUGUCUUUAGCUGGUGUCCACAAAAUGUAUAUUCAGACAUCAGUGGGGUUUGACAACUUGUCAUUGGCCUAUAUAAACACAUAUAAAGAAGGGUUUACCAUAACAGCUCUGACCAAAAAUUUAAGUCAUACAAAGCUUAUCUGUUCUUUCAGAGUCCUUACAAAUUCUUCCCUUCCUUAUUUCCUCAUCUAUAUAUUGAACUAAAAGACCAUGGCUAUCCGUAUGCCUCGUAUAAUCAAGAAGUCCUCUACAGUCGCAGAUGUUCCUAAAGGCCACUUUGCUGUUUAUGUUGGGGAGAACCAAAAGAAGAGAUUUGUAAUUCCCAUUUCAUUCUUGAGCCAACCUUUAUUUCAAGACUUGCUUAGUCAAGCUGAGGAAGAAUUUGGCUUCGAUCAUCCAAUGGGUGGUGUAACAAUACCCUGCAGUGAAGAUGUGUUCGUUGAUCUUACUUCUCGCUUGAAUAGGAUCUGAGGCUUUUAUUUUCACAGUUUUGUAAAGAAUAGGAUUUUUAGUUUGUACAUAAGAGGAAUUAGGAAACACACAUUGUUACUUCUCACUACUGUCAGCUGGAUCUAUAGAUCCCAAUUUUGAAUACAAUUUUCAGUAGUUUAGCAAAUGAAAUCAGUUCAGACUCAUUCAGUAUCCAAUUUGGUAUUAUUA